AUGAGGAAUUUCUUCUCACCUGGGCGUCCGAGUGAGCCAAGCUCGCCAGCUGCCGUCAGCGCCCAACCUGACAAUCAACUCUCCGACACUGAAGGGAGCCAGGCCACAGUCGAGCCGAAACAGCUGGAGGCAAACGACGCCGCAUCAGAGAAGAAGGGCCUUCUCGCGCGACCAUGGACACGACGAGAUAUUGGCAUCCUCAGCUCACUGGUAUUCCUGGGACUGGGGCUUAUCGCAGUCAUCAUCGCGCUUCCAAUCGUCUAUACAAGAGACAUGAACCAGGACAUGGGAGAUGUGUACAACCUUUACAAUUCCAAACAUGAGGAUCCCAGCUACCACAUGAAGGAGAACCAUCCUGUCUUCGGCAUUCACAAUUUCCCCGACCCGGGACUCAUCGAACAUAACGGCACAUGGUAUGCGUUUGGAACGAACCCCAAGAAACACGACCCGAACACGAUCCACAUCCCAGUGGCUACGUCCACCAACUUCGUGAACUGGACUCUGCACCAUGACUAUGAUGCAAUGCCAACCAUCGGCAACUGGGAGAAGGAGGUCAACCACUGGGCCCCAGACGUGAUCCAGCGCGAUGAUGGCAAAUUUGUUCUCUACUACUCAGGACAAACCAAAAACUUCGACCGACACCACUGCAUCGGAGCCGCAGUCUCCACCAGCACCGAUCCCAUGGGCCCCUACAUCCCUCUAAACGAAUCCCUGGCCUGCCCCCACGAAUACGGCGGCGCAAUCGACCCCUCCCCAUUCAAAGACGCAGACGGCAAGCUCUACGUCGUCUACAAAGGUGAUGGAAACAGCGUCGGCCGCGGCGGCUAUUGCGGCAACAGCAUCAAGCCACUACACCCCGUCCCGCUCAUCCUGCAAGAACUGGAGUCAAACGGCUUCACGAAAGUCGGCGAGCCCAAGAUCAUCCUUGAUAUCGACGACUCAGAUGGCCCGCUCAUCGAAGCCCCGGAUAUCAUCCGCACCGACGAUGGGACAUAUUACCUCGCCUUCUCCUCGCACUGCUUCACGUCGCUGGGGUAUAACGUCAAAUACGCCCAUGCGAAGUCUGUUAAAGGUCCAUAUACCCGUGUUGAUCGCCCUCUCCUUCAAACGACUGAUUUCGGCCUCGAGGCGCCCGGUGGCGCUACACUUUCAAAGGAUGGGACGAAGAUGGUGUUCCAUGCGAACUGUGGCGGAUGGCGGUGCAUGUAUGCUUCUGCGAUUGAUAUUCGUUCUCACAAUAGUACGAUCGUCUUGGCUUCGCUUGACUUGGAGAUCUCCAAGAUCGGUACGACGACGUCUGUGAAUUUGACUUCAUAA